AUGCUGCCGCCCGUGCCCUCCCGCCUCGGGCUGCUGCUGCUGCUGCUCCUGUGUCCCGCGCACGUCGGCGGACUGUGGUGGGCAGUGGGCAGCCCCUUGGUCAUGGACCCUACCAGUAUCUGCAGGAAGGCACGAAGGCUGGCAGGGCGGCAGGCUGAGCUGUGCCAGGAGGAGCCCGAAGUGGUGGCUGAGCUAGCACGGGGUGCCCGGCUCGGGGUUCGAGAAUGCCAGUUCCAGUUCCGUUUCCGCCGCUGGAACUGCUCCAGCCACAGCAAGGCCUUUGGGCGCAUCCUGCAGCAGGAUAUCCGGGAGACGGCCUUUGUCUUUGCCAUCACAGCUGCGGGCGCCAGCCACGCAGUCACACAGGCCUGCUCCAUGGGUGAGCUGCUGCAGUGUGGCUGCCAGGCGCCCCGCAGGCGGGCCCCACCGCGACCUCCCGGCUUGCCAGGCACCCUUGGGCCCCCUGGCCUCGUGGGCUCCCCAGAGGGCAGUGCAGCCUGGGAAUGGGGAGGCUGCGGGGAUGAUGUGGACUUUGGGGAUGAGAAGUCCAGGCUCUUUAUGGACGCCAGGCACAAGCGGGGAAGUGGAGACAUCAGAGCAUUGGUGCAACUUCACAACAAUGAGGCGGGCCGACUGGCCGUGCGGAGCCAUACGCGCACCGAGUGCAAGUGCCACGGGCUGUCGGGUUCGUGCGCUCUGCGCACCUGCUGGCAGAAGCUGCCCCCGUUCCGCGAGGUGGGCGCGGAGCUGCUCGAGCGCUUCCACGGCGCCUCGCGCGUCAUGGGCACCAACGAUGGCAAGGCUCUGCUGCCCGCCGUCCGCAGUCUCAAGCCGCCCAGCCGCGCUGACCUACUCUACGUCGCUGACUCGCCCGAUUUCUGCGCCCCCAACAGGCGCACAGGCUCUCCCGGCACGCGCGGCCGCACCUGUAAUAGCAGUGCCCUGGACCUCAGCGGCUGCGACCUGCUGUGCUGCGGCCGCGGGCACCGCCAGGAGAGCGUGCAGCUCGAAGAGAACUGCCUGUGCCGCUUCCACUGGUGCUGCGUAGUGCAGUGCCACCAAUGCCUCGUGCGCAAGGAGCUCAGCCUCUGCCUCUGACCCGCCGCGGGGCUCUCCAGACUGCGCACACAGCCGCCUCUCGGUACCUGUGUGACCUCUGGGCUCCAGCAGGGGGAGCUGCACUGGCCCAGCUUACCCUUGCAAAAGUCCAUCUCCCGGGCCUCUGGAAACCGAGGCGGGGAAGCUGAAGAUAACGAGCGCCGCGCGCCGGGGAAGGCCCAGGACUUCGGAGGGAUUCCCCCAAGAGGUGCUUUAAGGGGUUCUGGGGGAGACUAUACGCUCUAGGGAGUUCUCUAGUUCUCUCUCCUUGGCCCCCAGAUGGAAACCAAAGAGCUCU